UGUGUCUUUAAGACCGUGCGGUGGUUAUACGUACUUGUCUCUCCUGUGAAUGGGUUUUGCUGUAAAUUACAGCUCUGCCCCUGGUCCCUUGGGUCAGAAGAACUGGUCUCCAAACAGAAACCGCUCCGAUUGGUGCCCUCCGCUUCCCUCCCAGCCCCUUCCUAAUUGAAACCAAAUGUGCGGCGUGCUGGAUGCUGGGAGCCUGGCGCCGGCCCAGGAAUCCUCAGAAUGCGAGGUUUCUCGCAAAGGCAUCUUGCAUCAGCCCCGUGGAUGUGCCGCCACGGCCGCCGGCUGAGCCUGAGCGGGCGGCCUUCACACCCCGCUCUGCUCUCCCUGCGGCCGGACCGGGACCACAGCUCCGUCCUCGGCCUCUGCCCGCAGCGCGCACUCCUGGAUGAGCGUCCCUUGCUGCCUCUGAGAUGGCCCCGGUUCCCAGGAUGCCCUCGGUGCUGCUCCUGCUGCUGCCCAUCCUGAGUUCUGCAAGAGCCCAGGUCAACCCAGCCGUGUGCCGCUACCCCCUGGGCAUGUCGGGAGGCCACAUUCCGGAUGAGGACAUCACAGCCUCCAGCCAAUGGUCAGAGUCCACCGCGGCCAGAUACGGACGGCUGGACUCGGAGGAAGGGGAUGGAGCCUGGUGUCCCGAGAUCCCGGUGGAGCCCGACGACCUGAAGGAGUUCCUGCAGAUCGACCUGCACUCCCUGCACUUCAUCACGCUGGUGGGGACCCAGGGCCGCCACGCCGGCGGCCACGGCAUCGAGUUCGCCCCCAUGUACAGGAUCCACUACAGCCGGGAUGGCGCACGUUGGAUCUCCUGGCGGAACCGGCACGGGAAGCAGGUGCUGGACGGAAGCAGUAACCCCUACGACAUCUUCCUGAAGGACCUGGAGCCGCCCAUCGUGGCCAGAUUCGUCCGCUUCAUCCCGGUCACCGACCACUCCAUGAACGUGUGCAUGAGGGUGGAGCUCUACGGCUGCGUCUGGCUGGAUGGCCUGGUGUCCUACAACGCUCCGGCCGGACAGCAGUUCGUGCUCCCUGGAGGCGCCGUCAUCUACCUGAACGAUUCUGUCUACGACGGAGCCGUCGGGUACAGCAUGACCGAGGGGCUGGGCCAGCUAACGGACGGGGUGUCCGGCCUGGACGACUUCACCCAGACCCACGAGUACCACGUGUGGCCUGGCUACGACUACGUGGGCUGGAGGAACGAGAGUGCCGCCAACGGCUACAUCGAGAUCGUGUUUGAAUUUGACCGCAUCAGGAACUUCACCACCAUGAAGGUGCACUGCAACAACAUGUUCGAGAAGGGCGUGAAGACCUUCAAGGAGGUGCAGUGCUACUUCCGCGCGGAGGCCGGCGAGUGGGAGCCCAACGCCGUGUCCUUCCCGCUGGUGCUGGACGACGUGAACCCCAGCGCCCGCUUCGUCACCGUGCCCCUGCAGCACCGCAUGGCCAGCGCCCUCAAGUGCCAGUUCCACUUCGCCGACACCUGGAUGAUGUUCAGCGAGAUCACCUUCCAAUCAGAUGCUGCCAUGUACAACACCUCCGGGGCCCUGCCCGCCUCGCCGGGGGCGCCCACCACCUACGACCCAAUGCUGAAAGUCGAUGACAGCAACACCCGGAUCCUGAUUGGCUGCCUGGUGGCCAUCAUCUUCAUCCUCCUGGCCGUCAUUGUCACCAUCCUCUGGAGGCAGUUCUGGCAGAAGAUGCUGGAGAAGGUGAGGAGGCGCCAGGCCGCUGCUGCCCCAGGACCCAGGGGCGAACUGUGAGGGUUUGCACCCAGCGAGGUGCUCGCCUGGCCCAGGAAGCGCAGGGAGGAGGGGCUUGUUGCUGAAGGAGCCAGGAAAGAACGGGCAGGUCCACAUUCUCAUUCUCAGAGCGGAGACUUUGGGGCCUCCCCAAGGAGCUCCUCCCAAUCGUGAGAUCUCAGCUCAGGCUCCGCCUCAGAGAUGCUGAU